AGAGAGAGCGAGAGAGAGAGAGAGAGAGCGCAACUGUUUCAUGCCCGAACACAAAUCAGCGCAUUAAAGUCAGACUCACACGCCGGCGUUUAGACUAAGAGGAAGAGGAGCAGAAAAGAAAGCGGGGAGGAAGAAGAGGAGCUGAUGUUCACCUAACUGAGAUUUACACAUAGACAGAGAGAGAGAGAGAGAGAGAGAGAGAGCAGUCAUGGCUGCGUCCGAGCUCUAUACAAAGUAUGCUCGGGUGUGGAUCCCCGACCCUGAGGAAGUGUGGAGGUCAGCAGAGCUCACUAAAGACUACAAACAGGGGGACACAACACUGCACCUGCAGCUCGAAGAUGGCAAGGAUCUGGAGCACAAGCUGGACCCGAAGACUAAAGCCCUGCCUCACCUGCGGAACCCCGACAUCCUGGUGGGAGAAAAUGACCUGACGGCGCUGAGUUACCUUCACGAACCGGCCGUGUUGCACAACCUGAAAGUGCGCUUCAUCGACUCCAAACUCAUCUACACCUACUGCGGUAUUGUGUUGGUGGCCAUUAAUCCGUAUGAAACGCUGCCCAUCUAUGGCACGGAUAUCAUUAACGCUUACAGCGGCCAGAACAUGGGAGACAUGGACCCGCACAUAUUCGCCGUGGCUGAGGAGGCCUACAAGCAGAUGGCCAGAGACGAGAGGAACCAGUCCAUCAUUGUCAGCGGAGAGUCUGGCGCUGGGAAGACGGUUUCCGCCAAAUACGCCAUGCGAUACUUCGCUACGGUGAGCGGCUCAGCCAGCGAGGCCAACGUCGAGGAGAAAGUGCUCGCCUCAAACCCUAUCAUGGAGGCCAUAGGAAACGCCAAAACCACCAGGAACGACAACAGCAGCCGCUUUGGGAAGUACAUCGAGAUCGGCUUCGACAAGCGCUACCACAUCAUCGGCGCCAACAUGAGGACGUACCUGCUGGAGAAGUCGCGAGUCGUGUUUCAGGCGGACGACGAGAGGAAUUAUCACAUCUUCUACCAGCUCUGUGCCUCCUACCACCUUCCUGAGUUCAAGAAUCUGAAACUCAGCGGUGCAAAUGAAUUCCACUACACCAAACAGGGCCGAAACCCUGUCAUUGAUGGAGUGGAGGAUGCGAAGGAGAUGUCAACUACCAGGAACGCCUUCACACUGCUGGGCAUUAACGAGUUGUAUCAGAUGGGGCUGUUCCAGGUCCUGGCAGCCAUCUUGCACCUGGGAAAUGUGGAGGUGAAGGACAGAGAUGCAGACAGCAGCAUCAUAGCGCCCAAUAAUGGUCACCUGAGCGUGUUCUGUGAUCUGCUGGGCGUGGCCUAUCAGGACAUGGCUCACUGGCUGUGCCAUAAGAAGCUGAAGACGGCGUCUGAGACGUACAUCAAACCGGUUCCCAGAGUGCAGGCCAUGAACUCCAGAGACGCUCUGGCCAAACACAUCUACGCCAAACUGUUCAACUGGAUCGUGGAGCACGUCAACAAGGCGCUGCACUCGUCCGUCAAACAGCACUCGUUCAUCGGCGUGCUCGACAUCUACGGGUUUGAAACCUUCGAGAUUAACAGUUUUGAACAGUUCUGUAUUAACUAUGCUAAUGAGAAACUCCAGCAGCAGUUUAACAUGCACGUGUUUAAGCUGGAGCAGGAGGAGUACAUGAAGGAGCAGAUCCCCUGGACCCUGAUCGAUUUCUACGAUAAUCAGCCGUGCAUUAAUCUGAUCGAGGCUAAGAUGGGCGUGCUCGACCUGUUAGACGAGGAGUGCAGGAUGCCGAGGGGUUCAGAUGACUCGUGGGCUCAGAAGCUCUAUAACACUCAUCUGAAGACGUGUGCACUUUUCGAGAAGCCGCGCAUGUCCAAUAAAGCCUUCAUCAUAAAGCACUUUGCAGACAAGGUGGAGUAUCAGUGUGAGGGAUUUUUGGAGAAAAACAAGGACACAGUGAAUGAAGAGCAGAUUAAUGUUCUGAAGGCCAGUAAGUUUGACCUGCUGGUGGAGCUCUUCCAGGAUGAGGAUAAAGUUACCAGCCCUACAGGAAGUGGUCCUCCCCCCGGGGGGCGCACUCGCCUGAGCAUCAAACCAGACAAGGGCAAACCGGACCAGGCCAGCAAGGAGCACAAGAAGACCGUGGGCCUGCAGUUCCGUAACUCUCUCCAGCUGCUGAUGGAGACGCUAAAUGCCACGACGCCGCACUAUGUCCGCUGCAUCAAACCCAACGACCACAAAUACGCCUUCACGUUUGACCCGAAGCGGGCGGUGCAGCAGCUGAGGGCGUGUGGAGUCCUCGAAACCAUCCGCAUCUCCGCUGCAGGAUUUCCGUCCAGGUGGACCUAUCAGGAGUUCUUCAGCCGUUAUCGUGUGUUGAUGAAGCAGAAAGAUGUCCAGGCUGAUAGGAAAAUGACCUGCAGGAACGUUCUGGAGAAACUGGUGCAGGAUCAGGAUAAGUACCAGUUUGGGAAGACGAAGAUCUUUUUCCGAGCCGGUCAGGUGGCGUACCUGGAGAAACUCCGGGCCGAUAAACUCCGAGCAGCCUGCAUCCGCAUCCAGAAAACCAUCCGCUGCUGGCUGGAGCGCAAGAAGUACCUGCGCAUGAAACGAGCCGCCAUCGUCAUCCAGAGAUACGUCCGAGGAUACCAGGCCCGAUGCCUGGCGAAGUUUCUGCGCCGCACCCGAGCCGCCAUCGUCAUUCAGAAGUACCAGCGCAUGUACGUACAGAGAACCAGCUACAGGCGCAAACGCAACGCCGCCCUCGCCAUGCAGUGUAUCCUCCGAGCGUACAUGGCCCGACAGCAGUACAAAGCGCUGCUGCGAGAGCACAAAGCCAUCAUCAUCCAGAAGAUGGUGCGCGGCUGGUUGGCGCGUCAGUGGUAUAAGCGCUCUCUGGAGGCGGUGGUCUACCUGCAGUGCUGCGUGCGGCGCAUGAGGGCCAAGCGCGAGCUCAAGAAGCUGAAGAUCGAAGCGCGCUCCGUCGAGCACUACAAAAAACUCAACAUCGGCAUGGAGAACAAGAUCAUGCAGCUUCAGCGCAGAGUCGACGAGCAGAAUAAGGAGAACCGGGUUCUGGGUGAACGUCUGAACAAUUUGGAGAGCGCCCACGCCACUGAGAGCGAGCGUCUGCGCCGGGACCUGACUCGUUUACGCGGCGUGGAGGAGGAGGCGAAGAACAGCGCUAACCGAGUGACCACGCUACAGGAGGAGCUGGAGAAACUGCGCAAAGAUCUACAGACCACGCAGAAGGAGAAGAAGGCCAUUGAGGACUGGGCGCAGACCUACCAGGACGAGAUGGAGAAGAUGAUCUCAGAGUUAAAGGAACAGAAUGAUCUGUUGAAGAACGAGAAGGACGACCUGAACCGUCUGAUCCAGGAGCAGAGCCAACAAUGGACAGAGAGGAUGCAGAGGGCUCUGAAGGAGGAGACGGCUCAGCUGGAGAGCGAUUUAAACGAGGAGAGAUCACGAUAUCAGAACCUCCUCACCGAGCACCUGAGACUGGAGGAGAAAUACGACGAUCUCAAGGAGGAGAUCUCACUCGGCACGAACGUCCCCAAACCGGGCCACAGGAGAACCGACUCCACACACAGCAGCAACGAGUCCGAAUACACCUACAACUCCGAGUUCGCCGAAUCCGAGGAGGGAGCGCGAGGAGCCGAGGACGUGACCAAAGGAGCAGCGUUGGACAUGGCUCUGUUCCUGAAGCUGCAGAAGCGAGUGACGGAGCUCGAGCAGGAGAAACAGGGCCUGCAGAACGAACUGGACCGAAAAGAGGAGCAGUUUCAGCGGGCUAGAGCCAGGGACGACGAAGAGCAUAAGAAGGCUCGCGGCGCUGAACUGGAGUAUGAAUCUCUUAAGCGUCAGGAGCUGGAGUCGGAGAAUAAGAAGCUGAGACACAACCUGAACGAGAUGCGUCAGACUCUGGCGGGGAAAGACGGCUCCAUGUCGGCCUACAAGGUCCUGAUGGAGCAGUUAAACUCCUCCAACGAGGAGCUGGAGGUCCGGAAGGAGGAGGUGCUCAUCCUGCGCUCACAACUCGUCAGCCAGAAAGAAGCCAUGCAGCACAAGGAGACCAUGACCGAGCCGCUGCACUAUGUGGAGGAUGUCCACAAAUUCACAGAUGCUAAAGAGAUCUCUCAGGCUUACAUGGGCCUCAAGGAUACCAACAGAUCCCCCAGGUUUCAGCGCAAGCCGUUCGCAGUGAGCGAGUUGGUCAGUAGGCUGAGAUCCCCUCUCCCUGACAUGCGUAAGCUGAAUGAGGAUGGAGAGCUGUGGCUGGUGUAUGAGGGCUUGAAGGAGACCAACAGGUUGUUGGAGUCUCAGCUGCAGGCUCAACGGCGCUCCCAUGAGGCCGAGCUGGAAGCGCUGCGUGGUGAACUGCACUGUGUGAAGGAGGAGAACCAGAGACAGCAGCAGCUCCUCACACAGAACCUGCAGCUUCCUCCUGAGGCUCGCAUCGAGGCCAGUCUACAGCACGAGAUCACACGCCUCACCAACGAGAACCUGGACUGUCUACUUGAGAAUCCAAAGAUCUACAGAAUCAACAUGCUGCGCAGGAUAAUUGACCUCAUGGAACAGCUGGAGAAACAGGACAAGACGGUUCGCAAGCUGAAGAAGCAGCUCAAAGUGUUCGCCAAGAAGAUCACCGACCUGGAAGGUGGUCAGGUGGAGAACGUGUCUCCGGGUCAGAUGGCCGACGAGCCGAUCCGUCCGGUCAGCAUUCCACGCCGAGAGAAAGACUUCCAGGGAAUGUUGGAGUACAAGAAGGAGGACGAACUCAAGCUGGUCAAGAACCUCAUCCUGGAAUUAAAGCCUCGCGGCGUGGCAGUGAACAUGCUGCCCGGUUUGCCUGCGUACAUCCUCUUCAUGUGUUUACGACACGCCGACUACGUCAACGACGACCAGAAAGUCCGGGCGCUGCUCACCUCCAUCAUCAACAGCAUCAAGAAGAUCCUCAAAAAGCGAGGUGAUGACUUUGAGACCGUUUCGUUCUGGUUGGCGAACACAUGCCGCUUCCUGCACUGUCUGAAACAGUACAGCGGAGACGAGCAAUUUAUGAAGUAUAACAGUCCGAAGCAGAAUGAUCACUGUCUGUCCAACUUUGAUCUGGCUGAGUAUCGGCAGGUUCUCAGUGAUCUGGCCAUUCAGAUUUACCAACAGCUCAUCAAGUGUAUGGAGAAUAUCCUGCAGCCCAUGAUCGUCUCCGGGAUGCUAGAGCACGAGACCAUCCAGGGUGUGUCAGGCGUGAAGCCCACCGGUCUGCGCAAGAGGACGUCCAGCGUAGCUGAUGAGGGAACGUUCACGCUCGACUCCAUCAUCCGCCAGCUCAACUCUUUCCACGGCAUCAUGUGUCAGCAUGGCAACGACCCCGAGCUCAUUAAGCAGGUCGUUAAGCAGCAGUUCUACAUCAUCGGCGCGGUCACACUCAACAACCUGCUGCUGCGCAAAGAUAUGUGCUCCUGGAGCAAGGGCAUGCAGAUCAGGUACAAUGUGAGCCAGUUGGAGGAGUGGUUGAGGGAGAAGAACCUGAUGGUUUGUGGAGCGAAGGAGACGCUGGAGCCACUGAUUCAGGCAGCGCAGUUACUCCAGGUCAAGAAGAAGACAGAUGAGGACGCUGAGGCCAUCUGCUCCAUGUGUAACUCACUGAGUACUGCUCAGAUUGUCAAGGUGUUGAACCUGUACACUCCUGUCAACGCGUUUGAAGAGAGAGUGUCCGUAACGUUCAUACGAACCAUACAGAAUCGCCUGAGGGAUCGUAAGGAGUCUCCUCAACUCCUCCUCGACACAAAGAUCAUCUACCCCGUGACGUUCCCCUUCAACCCGUCCUCCCUCGCCCUGGACAGCAUCCAGCUCCCGUCCAGCCUCAACCUGGCAUUCCUCACUCGCGUCUAAGACCUGCCGAUCAUUCCUCCUCAGCCAAUCACGUCAGGCACCGCGAUAACAAGGAAAUGACGUACGGACUAAAAGCGUCUACACACAUCCUCAUUGAGAACGAACGAACCAAUCCGGUGGUACAGACUCGGUGUAACGUCACGCACACCCAAGCGCACACGCACACCAUCAAACACAAAUGGGGAUGUACCAAAGGGGGGGGGGGGGGGGGUUAACGGGGUUAACAGGCCAAAAUCUGUCCCUCCUGUCGGGCGAUUCUCUUUGUACAGUCAAAUCACAUAGAUCGUACAUCUAAGAUUAAGUGUGACGCUGGGGUGUUUUAUUUAUUGCUCUAGAAUGUUCUCACUCGUCGCUUCAGCUCUUUUCUUCACAUAGUGGUUGUUUCCAGAUCUCGGACAAUCCGAGCAGGAAGUAAAUAAAACGUAUGUAGUCCUCUAUUUAUGUCCAUAUCAGAUAAAUAAUGUAGAGUAAUUUUUAAAAAAGGCGCUACACUCCUAUUUGUGUGUGUGAUGUAGAUGUUUAUUUGUUAGUAGGCCGUGUGCCGGUAGUUUUAGAUCUCUAGAUAGUUGUGUCCUGUAUGAUGAUGAUGAUGAUGAUGAGCAACCUGCACUGGGUUUUUUUGGUUUGUUUUGUUUUUUUCAGUCCUCAACAUUCCCACCUUCUCCAUUACUCUGGAUCUUAAAUAUCUGCCUCAGAACGUCUGGAGUUUUGGGAAUUUUGUUAAAUUUCUCGUUUUGCCUUGCGUCCUGAUCUUCAGCUUCGAGAUCGUGUGAUCGGCCAAUCGCUCGCUUGCGUGUAUGAAAUCUCGGCUAGCCGUUCUUUUUUCCCCUCUGUGGUUCUAGCGUCCUGCUCGGUGAGGAUGCAGCUAUGGCAGGGCUCGUUGCAGAACGUAACCGUUAGCCUAACAGCAGCAGCCAUUUUGUGUAAUGAAAACCAGCAUUUCAUACUUAGCAUCGUUAAGAAAAAAAAAGAAAAGAAAGGUUCAUGAUGUCAUGUGAUCAAGGUAGCAAUUGGUUGAUCGGCGUUAACGUAAGCCCCGCCCACUUUAACCCAGGGACGCGGAUCAAAAUCAGGACGUAUACACCGUCACCACGGUAACGAUAAACGGAGCAAAUCUCUCGUCUGCCUUUUUAAAAACGAUUAUUUUGAACGUUACCGUUCGUCUGUUCGGCACGUUGAGGUUUCCCUUUUCUUUGUUUUUUUUUUUUUUAAAGUGUGAAUUAAUUAAAGCAGGUGAAUUUCUUGCAGUAUUACGGAGUUGAAAGCGUCUCACUGCGACCGCAUGUUCCGUGACAUAACUGUUUUAAUCAAUAACGAUAGAAAGAUAAUAAUCUGAUAUAGGCGGGGCUUGUUCUGUUCGUCUGUUUGUUCGUUUGUUUGUUUCGGAGAGACCAACGAGAGAGAAACAUAUAGAUCUAUAAUCCAAAAUAACACACACACACACACACACACACACACACACACACACACACACACACACACAUUCUUAACGCUUGAAAUGAAAUGCCUUACUCUGUUUAUUUGCACCCUUCUCCCACAUCGACCGUCAGCUGAUCGUUAACGUGAAGGUGAAGUUUUUCGUCGUUGUGUUCGUUGCACGAGCGCGGGUUCUGCUCGCACGGGUUCUGCUCGCACGGGUUCUGCUCGCACGGGUUCUGCUCGCACGGGUUCCGCUCGCGCGGGUUCUUUCUGCUCGCGCGGGUUUCGGGACCAUCUGUGUGUCACGAGGAUUUUUAUUUUCCGUUUUCCGUGCGUUCACUCAAAACUCGGAAGGUUUUCGAUGCUACCGAUAAAGGAUAACGUAUAAAAGAAACUGGAGGCUGAAGUGUUGGCGUCGUGUCAUAUUUAUUGCUGAUCUGGCCUUACUGCGGAGCAGAAACGUCCGGUCGACAUCAUUUCCUGUUUCAUCAUCGCUAAGAAUGUGAUUUCCUGUGUAAAGCAGUGACGAGUCGUCGUGAGUUAACGAUAUCUUUUUCUUGACGCACUUUCGGUUAUUUUCUGGGGAGAGAACGGGUUAUUUAGGGAUGCACCAAUCCGAUAAGAACAGUUUCGAUCGAUAUCAAAAAUCAGAUUUCGACUUUUUUCGUAUAUUUAUGCAAAAUAUUUUAGUGCGGGAUCGUCAUUUACGUCAUCAUUAGCUGAAAGAGAAUAAUAAUAAUAAUAAUAAUAAUAAUAAUAAUAAUCGGGACACAGCCGUUAAACGGUUUCAGUGGAUAUUAAAUAUGAACCGCUCAGGUUGAGAUUAAAAUGAUACUGAAGUGAAUAUCAGAUACUCGUCGCUCUAAUCAUCUAAUAUCGUAUCAGGUUUAUUUAUUGGAUUGUGCAUCCCUGGUUUAAGUAUUCGUUCAUAUUUUUGCUUUACUUUACUUGUGUUAUGUUUUGAGGUUUUUUUGUUGUUGUUGUUGUUGUUAUUGUUUUUGUUGUUUGUUUUUUUUUUUUUUUACAAAGCCGUACCUUGGGAUGAACAAUCCUGUCGGCAUCAUUUCCUGUUUGCUGAUUUCCUGAUGUUGUGAAGCAGUGCUGCGUUGUUGUAGUUCGAUAUGCACUUUUAGCUGUUUGCUGGAGAAAAAUAAAAACCGAAACCGUGUCAUUCACUCUAUCCUGUACAGAACACUCGGCUCGGACGCCGUCCCGCUCACAGCGGGCGCAGUGCGGUAAUCGAGACAGGUUUGCGAUGUCUGUGUGUGUGUAAGGGUUUAGUGAGUAAAAAGCUUCCUUUACCCGUGCAAACCUCGACAAACUCACAUCAGACACCAAACACGGAGUUCCAGCAGGAUCACCGGAACGUUAAAUGAACAGCUCUGCAUUUGUGUAAAAACACGUGAUCGCUGAACUCGUGCACGGUUUAGAAUAUUCGCUUUAAGUUCCUGGUCGAUAUUCAGCUUUCAGCACAUUACUCACGUUAUAAAAAUGCAGGUGGGAAACAUUUUAAGGGGAAAUAUUCCAGGUACUCAGUAAAAAAAAAUUCCUCUACCUGUUUUCUGUACCUGUUAGAUUUCCCGGAGUAUUUAUCACCUGUUUUCUUUGUUUCGCAACUACAGAAAAAAUAACGUUCCAACUUUUACGCUGCUUAAUUUUUAUUUUAAUGUUUUCCAGCAUCGUUUAAAAUUAUUAUUAUUAUUUUUUAAUCACAUAAACAUGGGUUCUGGUUCUGGUUCUGGUUCUGGUGGAUCUGACUCCACGCCAUAUAAAGGUUUUAGGUUGAUCACCACAUCACUGAGGUUCGGUGGGGAAAAAGAAGUAAAGUAGAUUUAUAGCUAAUAUCUCCUCUUAUCUAUGUGUCAUUGCAUCUUAAACCACCAUAUUGCAUUACACUGUAGUGUGUACAGGUGUGUGUGUGUGUGUGUGUGUGUGUGUGUGUGUGUGUGUGAGAGAGAGAGAGAGAGAGAGAGAGAUCCCCAAAGACCUGCUGAAUUAGUUGCACUAGAGCCAUUAUUUUCCAAUUCUGCCUGAGCGAGAGUGCGGCGUGUAUAAAGUGUGUGACGUCAGAUCCGCUGUACAGUUCAUCCACGCCUGUGUAAAAGCGUAGUGUUAGGUAACAUUGUUAGCGUUGACACAAAUGCUAAUCGCCCCCUGAACUGUAAAAAAGAGAAGAAAAGAAAGAAAGAAAGGAAAGUCAGUCCUGCUGAAAGCCAUGUGGGCGCGAUCGUCUCCUCUGAUCAGAUCCGUCUGAAGACGUGAGGAAACGUGUGUUAAGUCUCUGUUGCUGUAACGAUCACGUACAGAAUGUCCGAACCUGUUCGAGUCGAAUAAAAGAAAUAAGCACCA